AUUUGGUGUUUCAAUUAAGCUUCUUGAGCGGUCUGCCCGGUAACGUACUUUCCGCCACUGCAGCUUUACUGAUUUAUUACUAUCGAGCAAUGAGUGGCACAGUACAUCUUUUCGGUCAGGAGACAUCCUACUCAUCCUUUUGUGUCACAUUGUUUUGGAUAAAUCUGUUAGAAAUAUUCCUGAUUGGAUUGUUACCUUUGUUGUAUUAUCGAAUGGUUAAAGGCGAGAAAACGAAUCACAAUAACAUGAAUCAAUUUUUCGGCCAUUGUGUUAAAGUUGUCAUACUGCUAGUAGCUCUUUUGAGCAAACCACAUAAUGUGAUGCUUCUUGGUGCAUUGAUAGCCUCAAGUAGAUACGUAACGAGAAGCAUUGACCGCGUAGCAGAUAUGACAGACACAAAUUUAGCACUCAAAAUAAUCACUCACUAUUGGCUCGGAAAAGCGUUUUAUUUCUAUCAGGGCAAUUCCAACAGUUUAGCUACCAUCGAUGUCAACGCCGGAUAUGUGGGGCUAGAACAUUUCGAUAUGUUUCGUGUUGGUUUUUUCCUGACUUUGCAAACCUUUUGCGGCCCAAUAAUAAGUUUUCUCAUGCUGAUACACCAUCUACGUUUUUCGCAACAAUCCUACAAGUAA